UAGCACCUCUUUGAUAGUGUGAUUUGAUGGCAUCAGUGGGACUUAAGUCGCCGGAGCGCCAUCAUAUAGCAACGACUACGGCUAGUUAACCGUUAACUAGUGACUACACCGGCAUCAAGCAACCCCAGAGUCUUUUCCAGGAGUAUUUUGCCCUACCAUGACUGCCACGAGUCGAGGUGCUUUUAUUGUCAUCGAAGGGUUAGACAGGUCCGGUAAAAGCACCCAAGCUGCUAUCCUCCAAAAUCGAUUGCAAGGACCCGAACAGUCUACAACUAAGGCCGUGCUGAUCAAGUUUCCCGAUCGGACGACAACCAUCGGUAAGAUGAUCGAUGCUUAUCUACGCUCACAGUCCGAGUUCGACGACCACGCCAUCCAUCUCCUGUUCUCUGCCAACCGCUGGGAGCUUGCCUCGACGAUCUACGCGCAUCUAGCAGCUGGAACGACUGUAGUCGCCGAUCGCUACGCAUUCUCUGGAAUCGCGUUUUCGGCGCGCAAAGGUCUUCCGUACGAUUGGUGCAGAGCACCAGAUAUCGGCCUCCCAGCACCUGAUCUCACCUUGUUUCUCGAUGUCGAGCCAGGAGUUGCUCGCGCAAGAGGCGGAUACGGGGAAGAGAGAUAUGAAACGGAGCAUGUACAAAGGGGCGUUCGAGCGGUAUUCGAGCGGAUUGGGGAAGAAAUGAAGACAGACGGUCAAGGACAGUGGGUGGAGAUCGAUGCGAGUAGAGAGAAAGAUCUCGUCGCCAGAGAUAUUUGGCGAGCUGUAGAACCACUGUCAAGAGGAGUAGCGUCUUCACUCCGGAAACUUUGGGAGAGAGAUCUGACAACAUGACAUGCGUUUCUAUAACACCUCCAUAUCUUCCACACCUAAAAAAACUACAAAAUAGAUUUUAUGUAAAAUAUCAUGAACUCAAAAGAAUGGACCACAGGAACGAGAUUGGGGGCAAACAUUGACACGGAUA